CCCCCUUGCCGGUUGCUCCGCUUGGUUGCUGCGCCUUUGCGCUUGCAAGUUAGUUGCUCGGCUCCCUGCGCGCGCGCCGCUCGCCUCUUUCUCCAUCUCCAUCUCCUCCUCCUCCGAGAGAGAAAGCCCGGUGCUUUGCCGUUUCUGCAGGCUCAGCAUCAUCUCGCCCCCUUUCCCCCCAAAGAAAAAGAAAGAAGAAGAAAAAGCCGGCUCUGAAGAAGUCUGAGCAGCCUCAGCAAGUCAAGUGCAGUAUUGGAAGGAGGAGGCGGACAAGACGACUCGGCGUUUGCUGGAGCGAUGAGAACUUUUGCUGUCCUGCUGUGCAUCGCUCUCGCCUCUUGCGCGCCCCGGGAGGACGCCUUGCAAGCGGAGAGGGACCCCCAGGGAGGUAAGCGGGGCUGCAGGGUGUGGGGCUGCCAUAUUUUGAAGAGCAAAAAAGAGGACACUUUCGCCAACUUCUACUUUUAACUAUGGAUCGCUAAGACGAUUCUACCUGGGGGGAAAAGGACGAGUCCUGGGGGGGGGGGAGGACAUAUGGCAACCCUAGCAGGGUGGCUUUCUCCCUGGGGCGGUGGCGGGACAAAGUGGGCGCUGGGAAAGCAGAUGGGUAGGGAGCCGCGCGCAGCCUGCCUGCUUUUGGUGCGCCUUUUGCCUAUUGCGCGUUAGUGGUGUGCGGCGCACCUGGGUGCUGGGAUGCGCGAGACUUGAGUUGCUCUUUCGUUCUGGAGAUGUGGAUUUCAUUGCCGGCAUCUGCAGGGAGUUCCACCCGAGUUGGCCUUUGCUGUUCCUUCCAACUUUGCCAUUCUGUGUUUCGUUUCUGGAGCUGGAAUGGGCGCGUUUGUGGGAGAGAGACAGCUAAAUGUGAAAGUGUGAGACAAUUGUAAGGUUAAGCGAUACGAAUGCGGCUUUAAGCCUCGUGUUUGGAACUCCCCAGACCAACAAAGGGAACUGGAACAUUUCGCCGGUGGGGAAAGGCAAGCGGAGCGCAUCUCUUGCCUUGCCGCCGAGGCGAUGCCUGCCUUUAACUUUCAGCUGAGGCGGUGAAAAGGGCGGACGUGAUUUGCUGUUCGGUGAGCUCUCUGCUGCAUCUUGAAAUGCGUGAAAGAGCAGCUGGACUCUGUGUCAUCUGGCUGCCCUGCUUCUAAACCACGACGCCUUCUGUCUAGCUUUGUGAUCCUGGGUCUGGCGCAUAAAGUGUUUAAAAACCUUGCUCUUCCAAGCGGACACUCGGUGCAAGCCCCGUUGAAAAGAAUGGGGAAUGUUACAAGGGCGCAACUAUAGCCUUUUCUCUAACGGCGCUUGCACCACCCCGGGUUGUGCCUGUGUAGAAUCAGCUGCUAUUUCAGAAAUUUAGCCUGUGAUUGUAGGGCGAUUUACCUGGAAGUAAUCUCCAUUGAACUUAGUUGUACUUCUGAGUAGAGACUGAAUUGCGCCUGCAAGUGCCUUAUUUUAGCCUGCUGUUCGAUUGACGAUGGGCUUGCAGUGCUCGUGAUUUAUAGCACCAGCGUCUCAUAUUUAAUGGAGCUGAUGAUCAAGGUUCUUCCGCUAUUAAUAGCAAGUGCCUAAAGAGAGAAUCUUUCGCUAUGUCCUGAGUUUUUAAUUUUAAAUCUGGCUAGAGGCAAGGCUAAUAAGUGCAUGGAUAGGGAAACGUGACAGCUAGAUGGUGCUUUUAUUUUUAAUGUAAAACCUCAAAGCCUAGCCUGAAUUUUACCGCCUGCCCAGCAAGCCCUCUUUAUGCUUGGUGAUUGUUUGCCUUGCAUGGUGAAAAAGAGUCCCUUUUGGUCACAUGCUUAGAAGCUGGUGAUUGUUCUCGCAUUCUAGAUUUUAACUAGAGGUUUCUUUUUGGGAGGCGGGGCGGAUUCUAGCAGUUUCUUUUUUGGGGAAGGGGAAGAUCUAGCUGCAACGAACCCUGGCAUAUAUUCAAACUGCACAUCAAAGCUUCUUACAAUAUGGCAGCAUGGCUUUGAUGCUGAAAACUUGACCUGCCUCUGCAAGAUCUUAAAUAGGUGGUGCUAAGCAUGACGAUGGGUGAUGUGAGAAUUCUGGGCCCGUUUUCCCAGGAGUAAGCACUGCUUAGAGGGCAAGCAUGAAAACAAGUGGAGACUCAGGCUAUGCACACGCCAUGCAUAGAAAGCAUUUUCACCAUGCAAAGAAGCCUGGGAAUUGUAGUGUCUUGAUGGUGCUUGGAGCUGUAGCUUUAUUUGGGGCAAACUACAGCUCCCAGAAUUCUUUGGGAGAAAAGACGGGGGCUUUAAAUGUAUGGUGCGCCUGCAGCCUGAGUUUUGUAUCAAUCCAAGAGCUCACUGCUCCGGUCGCUUGAUGUGCUCCUGGCGCCCUCUGUUAUCUCGCAGGCAACCUGUCAGAAGUCCUAAAUCAGGGGCAGUCUCUGCCUCACCUGCUGACGUGUGCUUAUCCUAGGCUGCUGAACUGGUUCUGUGACUUACCGUAAAAAGUAAGUCAGUGUGCCACUAAGGUGUAACUCCAUGUAGUUCUACUGGAUUGCGUCUGAAAUUUGCUGUUUCUAUUGAUGUGUUUUGCAAAUGCAGCUUAAACUGUGAAGUAUUCCUUGUUUGGAUAAGCUGGUCACCUCUGCUGCCUUAAGGAGGGAAAGGACAGGUUUCUGGAUUUUUCUUGAUAUUAAACUGGCAUAGAGGAUAUAUUAGGAUUAAGAGAUACAUUGGGAUUUUUGCAUGGAAAUAGAGUGUUGGUCAAAAGCCAGGUCUGCAUGUCUAGGAAGAGUGCACGUCUAAUUGAAUCAUGCAUGUAAUGAGCAAUUUUCUCCCGAAUUUGAGUUUAAAUGGCCUUCAUGGCAGUAUUCUCUUUCCGCAAGCUACUCGUGUGUGUGUGUGAAAUAUUUGCAGGGUUUUAAUCUCCUGCAGUUACUGAAUCCAAGGGGUUGAAAAACAGAGCUAUGGCAGUGCUUCUCAAAGUGGGUGGUACCACCCCGGGGGGGGGUGUUGGAGGGAUAACUUAGGGGGUCGCUAAGAGGCAAGGGGUGCUGGAAGUGUAAAUGGCUAUUGGACUUUGAGAAGCUGGUAUCGUCACUGGCGGGGGAGGGGUGCGGUGGGUGCGGCCAGCCCCAGGUGUCAUCCCCGGAGGGGGGUGACAUUGCCCCCCUGCCCCCCUGGGUCGCUCGCUGCUCGCCACGGGUUGCACCCCCUGGGGCACUUGCCAUGGGUGGCUAGCCCCGCCCCCACAGGCAACUAGCCCCACCCCAUGGGCUGCUAGCCCUGCCCCCGGGUGCACAGCAGUUAUCUCCACCUCUGGGUAUCAUUGGAUCAAGUUCAUCAAUUUUGCUGAAUUAAUUCAACUAAAUAGUUCUAACAGGACUUUGGAUAAAUGUGCAAUUGAUUGUUACUGUUUAGAAAUUCAUCGUGUUAUUAUCUUCCUUAGCCGGUUGUGCAAACGACUAUUCUGAAUCAUGCGUUUUAUAGGGUAGGGUAGGAGGUAUUGGAAUGAGUUUAUGAAACGAAGGGGAGGAGGUGGCCUGAGUAAGUUCAGGAACCACUAAGCUAGAAUCUUGGUGUAAAUUUGGAUGAGGACAGGAUGGCUUGCCAUGGUUCUGCAGGAGACUAUAAGAUUGUGCAAACGUUAUGCUACUGCUGAGUCAAUGUUCUUUUCAUAGAAUCGCAGAAUUGGAAUGGACUGCAAAGGGCCAUCUAAUCCAACCCCUUGAGGUGCAAGAACCACAGCUAAGAUUUGGACUUCGCUUCCAUUCUUUCCUCUACCUGUGUUUAGCAUCCUCUAUGCCCCUAGCCUCUAUGCAUACCAACUGCGUGCACAGUUUCAGGCCCUGGCACUGAAAUUUGUGGGUGCCCAACCCCUUCAUGAGGACACGGGUGGCGCUGUGGGUUAAACCACAGAGCCUAGGACUUGCCAAUCAGAAGGUCGGCGGUUCGAAUCUCCACGACGGUGUAAGCUCCCAUUGCUCGGUCCCUGCUCCUGCCAACCUAGCAAUUCAAAAGCAUGUCAAAGUGCAAGUAGAUAAAUAGGUACCGCUCUGGUGGGAAGGUAAACGGCGUUUCCGUGCGCUGCUCUGGUUCGCCAGAAGCGGCUUAGUCAUGCUGGCCACAUGACCAGCUGUACGCCGGCUCCCUCGGCCAAUAAAGCAAGAUGAGCGCCGCAGCCCCAGAGUCGGCCAUGACUGGACCUAAUGGUCAGGGGUACCUUUACCUUUACUAACCCCUUCAUGGGGAAUUCUGCAGGUCCUCGGGCACCCAGUUGGCACUGGGUGAUUUGGCACAGUUCUCAGUUGCACCCAAAGAGCCCACCUGCAUGCAGCUUAGGACUGUGGCUGCAUUAUGAUGAAUGUGCAGAGAGAGCGUGUGAGGCUCGUGGGCAUGAUCCCCUGUCCCGCUCUAUGCUUGUCGGCUGCACAUGGCGGAAAUGUGUGCACAGUUCUUAAGUGUGCAUAUUCCCCAACUCUCUACACCUGCCCCCUAGGCAGGCAGGGGCCCACAGCGGUGUGUGUAUGGGUGGGUUUCAGGGCCUGGAUAUGAUCUGACUGUUGGGAGUGGUGGGGAGGCGAUAAGUUAUGUUUUGACGUGUGAGCUUGCACUGCAAGCAGCGGGGGGGACGACUGUGCCUUCCCAGACGUUGUUGCUUGACUCCAGCUCCCAUCAGCCCCAGCCAACAUGGCCGAUGGUCAGAGAUGAUGGGAGUUGUAGUCCAGCUGCCUCUGGAGAGCACAGCAUUGGCUACCUCUGUUAGAAUUCCUGCUCCAUGAUUGCAGUCAUGGGAUUGUUGUCUAUCACAUGACGGUGUCUGUUUUGACUCCACAGAGUGGGAAGUGACGGAGACAGGAUGUUUGUGUUACUGUGUUCCGUGAAGUGGGACUAUUGUCCUUUGUUCUUUCUCUUUGCUGUCUGAUGCUAGAGAGAGAGGGAGCCAUGUCACAGUGCUCUGUGUCUGUUUAUAUGUAAAUAAAGUAGAUUAGCCAAAAUGCUGAGUUGCUGAGGUCUGUCAUGCAAGCUGCGAAGACUCUGCGGAUCCCUAAGUGUGCCGAUGUCUGUUGGCAUUGGGCACUGUGAUGUUCGGGCUGAAGAAAGCUUUUGAAGCUCCCGAACGAUCGACCAGGAGGGAGAGAACAUGCCAGUCGGGCAUGUGUCUCUGCCAGGGUCCUACUCAAGUGUAGGAUGAACUCCUGACAACCCCUGCUAUACCUGGUUGUGGAGAACGUGCUCAUGUAAGCUUGUAGACUUUAGCUCAAAGUUGUGGGCCUGAUGAAAUGUGGGCAUAUGGAAGCCCACCUGCACAUAUGAGACAAGGGUAAGGUAAAGGGACCCCUGACCAUUAGGUCCAGUCGUGACCGACUCUGGGGUUGCGGCGCUCAUUUCGCUUUAUUGGCCGAGGGAGCCGACGUACAGCUUCCGGGUCAUGCGGCCAGCAUGACUAAGCCGCUUCUGGCGAACCAGAGCAGCACACGGAAAUGCCAUUUACCUUCCCGCCGGAGUGGUACCUAUUUAUCUACUUGCACUUUGACGUGCUUUCGAACUGCUAGGUUGGCAGGAGCAGGGACCAAGCAACGGGAGCUCACCCUGUCAUGGGGAUUCGAACUGCCAACCAUCUGAUUAGCAAGUCCUAGGCUCUGUGGUUUAACCCACAGCGCCACCCACAUCCCUGCUCUAAAACUGCAAAGUAGUUUUGGUAGUAACACAUGAUAGUGACCAGUGCUAUUUUUCUAGAAGUGCCGGAACUCACCAUGAAUGCCUCCCUUGUUCUCUUAUAAUGGCAAUGGCGCCCACCUGAGAGGUGCCGGAACUGAGUUCUUGUGAGUUUCGGCUGAAAAAAAGCCCUAGCUGUGGCUGCCGGUUCCUUAGGGAUCACACCUUACCUUUAGAUCGCUGUAAACUGUCCACAGUUUUUAUGCAAUUUAUUCAUCCCUUGCCGGGUGAUGCUAAGCAGUAAUAGGGUAGCCAUAUUUCAAACAGUGAAAAUCCGGACAGAAAAGCUGUUAAGCUCUUUCGGCGAAAUCACAAAAAAUGCCGUUUUUGAGCUAUUUUCAUGGAAAAGCGGCCAAAACGGCACUGCCGACAUGGGCUGCCAUAUGCCUGGAUUUUACUGGAUUUCCACCCGGACACCGCUGCCGACUGCAAUAUUCUGGAUAUAUCCAGGAAAUUCCGAACGUAUGGAAACCCUAACCAGUAAGUGCUCAUGUUUCAGAUGUUGGCGUUUCUCAGCUGCUAAAGCCAGCUGAACCACCGAAAGUUCUCAAGCUGCCGGUGAAAUUCAAUGUCCGCACUUCUAGGGACCUAGAAGACAAAGGGUGCUACCUCACUACGGGCCAAGACCAGCAUUUGGAAGACUGCAAGUUUAACGUCUCUGCUAAAAGCUUCUUCGUUAUUCAUGGAUGGGCGGUAAGUAGAAUAGAAUUCUUUGCUGCUUCGUGUUGCUCUUAGCAUAAGAGGAACUCUGUGUGUGUGUAUCCUAUGGCAUUUUGGGUGGGGGUUGUUGAUCCUCAAUCCAUUGUUUUUAAAGCCAUAAACACUUCAAGAGAGAAACCAGUUUUUCACUUGGUUUGAGUCCCUUUGAGGGCUCUGGGCGAAACAUUCUGCUUGGUGCUGAGUAACUGGGAAGUAGUGACCACAGAGGUGGCAUGGAUGGGGCAUCGUUGAUCUCCUGGCUUACCAACACAGUGUAAGGUUAUAUCAUAUUACAAAAUCUGGAAGUAAGAAUUGUUGGAGGAAAUGUGGAGUGAUGGGAACAUGCAGUCAUAUGUGGUGGAAUUGUCCAUUAGUUAAUGAAUUCUGGAAACAGAUUGGUAUAGAAAUAUUGGGAGUUGUGGGUAGGAAGCUGGAAAUAUCUAAUUUAAUGGUUCUUAUUAGCCUGAGUAGCUCUGAGUUAGAAACAAAAGAGGAAUGUAAAUGGGUAAAAUUGAUGGUAAUUGCAGCCAGACAGGUUAUAGCGAGUAACUGGAAAAAUGCAGAAGAGCUAGGGGUGAACCAAUGGAGGGAAAAAUUGAAAAAUAUUAUAAUCUUAGAAUAUCUAACUGUGAAGAAACAAAAAAUGAAAGGGUUUAAGGUCAGUGAGUAGAAGGAAGAUUGGUUUGAGAAGAUAUUGAAUUAAUUUGGUUUGAACAAUUUGGGGUAAUUAAAAUGUUAAAAGUUAAAUAAACCUUGUGGAGGGAGGAGUGUUACGGUAUAUAGAAUUGUACAUAUUGUUGAUUCGAAUAUGUUAUUAUUGAUUAUGUAUACCCAAUGUAUCAGCUGCCUGGGGGGGUUUCACUGUUUGUUUUCACUGUGUUUUGGUUGUUGGUAAAAAAAAAACAAAAAACCAACAGAGUGGGUGACUGAUGCUCUCCUAGAGGGAAGGCACGUGGAGCUUGGCUUGAUCCAAUGCACAGUGUGUGGGGGAUCAAAUUGGUGCCACAUUGCACCACAAUGGCCCAAGCUACCUGCCCCUUCCCCUCUCUGUACGUGCCAACGACCCACCGUGUCGGAAAGCCUGGAGAGCAACAGUAACUUUGCCUUAUGUACCAAUCUGAGCCUUGGCGUUAAAGCCCAUGGCAGAACUCGUGAGUUGGAGUUCUACAUCUGACGGAGAGGGCCAAGACAGCUGCUGACCUCCAACUCCCAUCAGCUGCAGCCAGCAUUUCCAAGAGUGGAGGAUGCUGGGAGUUGUAGUCCAGCAACUUCUGGAGGUCCUGUUCUACCUGCUGUGAUAUUAGUCAACUGCCUGGACUAGCCACGCACCCUACUGCCAAUGUGCCCAUGCACUCGCCCCAUCUGUGCAGUAUGUGUGGCAGUUCUAUGCACAGACCUCCCCUAUGUGUGAGGAAACCUGGAUAGCUCAGGUGGUUAGAGCAUGGUGCUGAUAACGCCAAGGUUACAAGUUUGAUCCCCCUGUGGGGCAGCUGCAUGUUCCUGCCUUGCAGGCUUUUGGACUUGAAAGUCCUUAGGGUCCCUUCCAAUUCUACCGUAUUUUUCGCUCUAUAGGACGCACCAGACCAUAGGACGCACCUUGUUUUAGAGGGGGAGAACAAGAAAAAUAAAUUCUCCCCCUCUCUGCUCAGCGCCCCUUCAGCGAAGCGGCAGGAGAAACAGAGCCCCUUCCUCCUGCUUCGCUGAAGGGGCGCUGCGCAGCUCUCCCUCUCUGCUGAAGCCAGGAGAGUCUUGCUCUCCCGGCUUCAGCAAAAAGAACUCGAAGCCUCUGGAGCGCAGCGGGACCUACCGCUGCGCUCCGGAGGCUUCAGGCAGCUAUCCCUGAAGCCUUAGCAGCGCGAGUUCCCGCUGCUCUCCGGAGGCUUCAGGUUCCUUUCGCUGAAUCUGGGAGAGUCUUGCUCUCCCGGCUUCAGCAAAAGCAACGCAAAGCCUCCGGAGCGUGGAGGGAGCACUCCCUCUGCGCUUCGGAGGCUUCACGUUGCUAUCGCUGAAGCCAAGGAGCCUUCAUUCGCUCCAUAGGACGCACACACAUUCCCCCUUAAAUUUUGGAGGGGGAAAGUGCGUCCUAUAGAGCAAAAAAUACGGUACAUUUCUAUGAUUCUUUGAAACCCUUUGGUGAACUUAUGUAGGAAAGGCAGGUUUCUGUAAGGGACUCAACACUUCCUAGUUAAUUCCUGCUGGGUUUGAUAUUUGACCUAGGAGCUUUCUGAUUCACAGCUUGGUGUUGUUUUUAAAGCCACUAGCUUUAGAUUAACAGAAUAAGGUGUGAGAGAUGAGGUGACUGGUGUUAGGUGACUCCUAGCGUGAAAUUCUAAACCAUAACCCUCUCUCAGGCACUUGGUUUGUCAGUUCUAACCUUUGGCCAAAACCCUCAAAGGCGCACAACGCAGCACAUUAAAAACAGUAUAAAAACCCUGCUAGAAACGCGUAGGCACUGAUUCCUCUCAGUCCUCAGAAAGCCAAGAUACUUCUCUUUAAAAAAAUUAAAAUAAAAUAAAAAUUAUUGCAAAGUAAAUACAUCAAUACCAAACCAUACAUAAAGACUAACAUAAAAAAGAAAGAAGAAGAAGAAAAAUGCAAAGAGAAGCAGACAGUAAAAGAAUAAAGAAAAGUAUAAUAUUUCAAUACAAUAAACACUAUUUUACAAAAUAAUAGUAAUAAUAGACGUCCAUCACUCUCACAACACUUCCUUUCACAUUUCAUAUUUUAUCUGUAUUUCAGUAAUGUUUUCAUCUUAAUAUAUAGAUAUGUAUAUAUGUAUGCUUCCCCUUUUCCAUUCACAAGGUCAUUCUAGACACAGCCAAAUUUUUACUUUUGGACCUUGUCUUUCUAAAUAAUCAUUCAAGCACUUCCAUUCCUUCUUGACUGUAUUCAUUGGCUUUAAUAUUAUUAUAUCCGUCCAUCUGGCCAGCUCCAAAUAUUCACAUAAUUUACAUAACUAUUCCUCUUUGGUCGGUACCUGGUUACUCUUCCAGUACUGAGCCACCAAGAUUCUCGCCACUGAUGUCACGUACAGAAAUAAUUUAGUAUUUUCUCUAGGAAUAUCACUAUUCAAUAUUCCCCAAAGAUAUGUUUCUGGUCUUUUGUUAUGUGAAGUUCUUAGUAACUUUUUAUUUCUUCAUGGAUCAUGUCCCAGAACUUUCUGAUCUCGGGACAUGUCCACCACAUAGGGUAGAAGGUUGCCAAGAUACUUCUCUUGCUGGUCCUCCUUUGGCCAGAAAGGAACUAAACAUGGAUUCUUCUUCCAGAUGACUGGCAUGUUUGAGAGCUGGCUGGGGAGCGUUGUGUCGGCCUUGCAGGAGCGAGAGAAGGAUGCCAACGUGGUCGUGGUCGAUUGGCUCCCUCUUGCCCACCAGCUAUACACAGAUGCUGUGAACUACACCCGAGUGGUUGGGAAGGAAGUGGCCAAGCUGCUUAACUGGUUGCAGGUAACUUCAAGCUGGAAACCUCCCAUUUCCUGAGCAGCAAAAACUGCAUGGGAAAGCGGCCAUUGCUCCAGAAAUGUCAGCCUGGAUGCUGCAGGACCUGGCAGGGGAUGCCAUCUUUGGCAUCACACAGCAGGCUGCGUGCCAAGCUGUUGAUUGGUGGGAUGGGGCAGGUGGCGUUGCUGAUGCUGGCGCUUCUCAUCCCAUGCAAACUGAAACUGCAGGCACCAGAGCCAUUGUCCAAAAACCCAGGGUGUGUGAUCUUCUAAUGCUAUACAACAGGGAUGGUCCUGAAGGUGGUGUUGGGCUCCCAUCAGCUCCACCGUGGUCCAAAUGCAGUUUAUACAACAUUUAAAUAAAAAGAAUACAUACAUACAGAUGUACUAGACUCAGAAUAAGGCAAAUUCCACAUAUCCAUAACUGCUUAUUUUAAUCCAUAGUUGCUGAUUGGUACGGCUCUUUCUGGACUUUAACACUUCAGACUGCAGGGAAAAGAUGGCAGCUUUGAGUGGGCAGCCACCAGGAAGAUGAGCAGAAUCUGCCUUGCCCAUGACGCCAGUACAUUGGGUUCUAACCUUACCCCAGGCACGCUUGCAUUUUACAGACGAAUCGGGGCGCACUCAGACCCUGUGGUUCCCCUGCAGCUGCCAUGUAAAAUGUCCAAAAGGGGCUGUCCCUGAACAUUCACUCUGAAUGCAUAGUUUUGCUCUUACGUCUUUACCUACCAUUGCUUGGGAGGACUCGGCCCUGCUUUGCUUCCCAUAACAUCAGUUCCGCCUUCUGUUUCUUGGGGGUGGAAAAACCUGCAUGAAGCAACUUGCACCACCUAAAGCUGAGGGUGUAGAAAACAAGGUUUAUUGGCCAAAGGCAUCGAAUGUUCCUUGCGUCAUCAGCUGAAGGCACAAUGUGUUUCGUAAAGCUGAACCUUUCCUGUUCCUGUGUGCACCCUUUGCAUACUCUUUUACCAUGACGAUUAGCCAUGAAGGCUGCGCUCUGCCCUCCAGAGUUGGGAAGCACCAAUGCUUCUGAAUACCAGUUGCCAGAACUGGAGAGUUGCUCUUGUAUUCGAAUCCUGCUGGUGGGUUUCCUAGAGGUGUCUGGUUGGCCACUGCAAGAACAGGAUGCUGGCCUAGAUGGGCCAUCAGCCUGAACCAUCAAGCUCUUCUGAUGCCCUUACUAAAUUCUGUUCAAAAGUUUUCUUCUUCCACGAGCGACUGGCUUGAUCCUGUUCAUGUUGCUCUUGCAGGAGAAAGAACGCUUCCAGCUCCAAAAUGUCCACCUGAUUGGCUACAGCCUGGGGGCCCACGUUGCUGGCUAUGCUGGGAACUAUGCUAUGGGGACAAUUGGCAGAAUUACAGGUAAGCCAACCAACUUCCCCCUCGCCUCCUAUGAAUUAGUGUGCGCUGUUGCCUUGUGGUUUUCUGAAACUGCUGAAAGCCCCGUCCUCUGCUUGAGGCAGGUUUGUGGCAUGUGACACACCAGGUGAAUCCUGAAUCUGCACGCACAGCCUCAAGGUAAGUCUCGGCUGGAACAGUUUUGCAUUUGGCUGGAAGCUACUCCCAGACAGGCUGGGGUGGUUUGAACUUCCCCUCUCUGCUUGCCUGAUGGUGUGGCUCAGACCAUGCUAAGCGUGUGGCUCGGUUUGUUAGACCGUGGUUCUGAUGUCGCCAAUAUCGCAGGUUCGAUCCCUGCAUAUUCCUGCUCUGUGUAAGGAACUGGUUGUAAAUGAGGAUAUUGUGGGAAUGUUCAGGGAGGCAGGAGAGGAUAUAUUGUUUAUUAAUAUCCUUCCUAACUUGCGCUAGCAAGUUCCUUCACUUAGCAGAGUUUCACAUUCCCCCUUUAAAUGCACAGCGGAUAACUGGUUGCAGGCUUGUGUAAGCCUCUCACUAUAAGGUUCCUGGUAAGAUCCCUUAUACCCCUCUUAAAAGAAUAAACACGCCACAACCUUGUGUAAAGUAUAUAAAAGAGGUUUACUCACAUUCAGUUCACAGUUGGAUCCCUGAAGGCAGACUUAGUUACAAAGUAUAUAGAUGUGGAUCUAUCCCAUAUGGGGACAAUCCCACUGUCCUAUGUUGGCUAGAAGCAGUCUCUAGCUAAAAAGCUGUUCCAACAACGGAGGAAGUCAAAGAGAGAGUGUGUGCAGUGUGCCAUGUCCUUUUUGUUACCUGGACAGGUAAGGUCACACCCACCUCUAGUCACAUACAAAGGAAGUAUGUCCCAGCCAGGAGGAAACAGGAAGUUUUCGACUGGCUGGACCAAACAUUCCCCUGCAUGUCCACUCUAGGAAAACAAGGAAUGUUGUCCUUGACUGCUACUUAUGCAUCACAUCCCACAGAUAAGGGCUGAGGGUUGCCCCAAAGGCAGAAGGAGCAAUUAUGGAAAGAUAACAGAAAUGUCAUCUUAGCCCAGUGGCUCAUUGCACAUCCACAUCCACUGCUGCUUGCGGCAAACCCAGAGCAGUAGUAAAGACCCUGUGAUCCUUUGGGUGUUGUAGAACAACAGUUCCCAUCAUCCCUAACCAUUGGCCGUGCUGCACGGGACUGAUGGGAGUUGGAGUCCAAUAGCCUCUGGGGGUACUCAAGGUAAUCAUUCGUGACUCAAGGCCUGGCAGGAGAACAGGGUGAUACAAUGGAUGGUACCAUUUUCAGAAUGCAGGUGUGCGUGGCCAAAAAAUUGCCAGUUCACAAAUGUUAGAAAUAGUGAUUUUUAAAAUGAAGUUGAAAUUAGGGGAGGGGCGAUUGUUUAGCCUUAGCACCUGAACUGCAUUCAGAAGCACACACCCCCGGUCAGUUCCUGGAAUCUCCUGUGAAAAUGACUGGAGAUGGUAGGAAUUGUCCACAACUCUGAAGAGCUGCUGCCACUCAGAAUAGGCAGUGCUGGUCUGAGUGGGGAAAUAGUCUGGCUUUAGUAUACUGUAAGGUAGCUUCCAAUGAAAUACCUGCGUCCAUCUCAACCGUAUUCCUCUGCAGGCUUGGAUCCAGCCGGCCCAAUGUUCGAAGGAGUUGACCCCAACCGACGCCUCUCUCCCGACGAUGCAGACUUUGUGGACGUCUUGCACACGUACACGAGGGAAACGCUGGGGGUCAGCAUUGGGAUCAAGAUGCCUGUGGGUCACAUCGACAUCUACCCGAAUGGAGGAGACGUCCAGCCAGGCUGCGGCUUGAGUGAUGUCUUGGGGUCCCUUGCCUACGGAAGUAAGGCUUUCUGCUUGUAUUUUGGUGGUGGUGGGCAGGCAGGGGGGGUCACACAGAUUGCUAACUCUGCCACAUCAGAGUAACUUGCCUUUGGUAAGAUGCUGUCCUCAGCCUAAGAAGAUGCAAACCCUCUAGUUGCAAAAUACUUCCUGGCUUACAUAUAUUAAACAGAUGCAUAGGUGUGUAGGAGGAGGGGAUUAUUCAUUGCAAAACCUGAUAUGCUAGUAUGCAGAUCUGGGAAAGCUAUUGCGGUGUAAUGACUAACACCGAGGGAUGAGUCAAUAUGCCCCUGGUUUGCUUUCUCCCCUGCUAUGAAUUCACUAUGUGAAUUCUUGAGAAAGUCUCUCUCAGCCUCAGCUCCUCUGUUAUAAAAUUAAGGAUGAGGAAGAAAAAAUAUUUCAUUCAUGAAUCUCUUCCCAUUAGACAACUUGAAGCAAUUCACUAUGUAAUAACUCAGGCAUCCUCAACCUUCGGCCCUCCAGAUGUUUUCGACUACACCCUCAUCAUCCCUGACCACUAGUCCUGUUAGCUAGGGAUCAUGGGAGUUGUAGGCCAAAAACAUCUGGAGGGCCGAGGUUGAGGAAGCCUGGUUUAUAGACACAUCAAGCUAUGCUGACAUCCUUCUACUUAUCUCCUCAUGAAACCAUAAACGGACUCCUGCCUUUUCUGGCCAAUGGGAUAAAAGCACUUGUGUGAUCUGGCAAGCAUUUGCCAAAUUCUUUGAAUCCUAUUAAAAUGUUAAUGAAAAAAUAAAGCCAUUUCGGUUCGUGAAACGACUGAAGAUUAUUAGAUGGCCUAUAUUUAGGCUCUGCAUUGCAUUUUCGGAUGCCUCCUACAACGUACGCUUCCGGUUGCACGGCAGAAUUUUUGGCCAGAGGCCUGCCUGGUCCGUGGCCAAGUCUGGCUUGCGCUAAACUACAAAGGACCUAGAGAUCUGUAAAUCUUGCUGCACGUGUGCCUGCCUUUCCACCACGGAGGUGGAGAAUGCUAAAUGGCUGGCUUGUUGCCUUACGACUGUUUUCCCUCCUCCUCCCUGUCUGUCCAUCUAGAUAUUGGGGAGGCUGUGAGGUGCGAACACGAACGGUCCGUGCACCUCUUUGUGGACUCCCUUGUGAACAAGGAUAAGCAGAGCUUUGCCUUCCAGUGCACGGACUCCAGCCGGUUCCGCAAGGGCAUCUGUCUGAGCUGCCGCAAGAACCGCUGCAACGGCAUUGGCUACAACGCCAAGAAAAUGCGGAACAAGAGGAACACCAAAAUGUACUUGAAGACACGGGCCGACAUGCCUUUCAAAGGUAGGCUCCUUUCUUCCUUUGGCGUUCCGUCAGUCACGGAGAACUUCCGUUUUUAUUUGCAGAGGAAGGCAAGCCAGCAUCCGAAGCACUGGAGGGUCUCCUUGCAGAUCCCAGCGAAAAGGUUGCAUGCUGCAAGGGGCAGGUUUCCCUUGCUGAAAUGCUGAACCAUUGACUUGGGAAUGCGGGGCGGGGAGGGCGGUGUGCCCCAGGUGUCAUCACUGGGGGUGGGGUGACAUUUGGCGCGCCGCCUGCCUGAGACUCCCAAGUCUACCCCUGGCCAUCGGGGAAGGGGUGGAGCUGCGCCACCUUGCCGGCGGCCUUCACCCCUUCCCCCUUCAUUUUGACAGCUCGGGGGAGGCUUGGGAGUCGCACUGUUGCCCCUCAUUCCUGGGCUGUUUCCUGGGGGAAGAGCCUCCCCCAAGCUGUCAAAAGGAAGAGGGAAGGGAGGAAGGCUGCUGGCAAAGUGGCGUCGCUCCCCCCGCGAGAAACCAGCCCGCCAUGGGCGGCUUGCUCCACCCCCAUGGGUAGUAGUAGUACGACUCAUGCAACACAUUGGCGACUAAUAUACACACAAUAAUUACCAAAAAAAAAUUAUACGUUGUUUAUCAAUCGUCUGAGAGUAAUAUACAAAACCUUGUGCAAAGCCAGAGAGACUUAUGAACUACCCAGUCUAAGAUGAACUUAUAAUGCCUGGUUUCAAUGGAUAUUUCAAAUGCUUAACUCAGUCUUUUGUUUUCUUUAUCUUUUUACCUAAAGCAUUUGUGGCUUUGCACAAGGUUUUGUAUAUUUCACUCAGAAGAUUGAUAAAGAAUGUAUCAUUAUGAAUGUAUCACCCCAUCCCAUGGGUGGCUCACUCUGCCCCCCCCGGGAUGCUCACCCCGCCUCCAUGGCCCUCCCCUGGGUGCACCGCAUGUGCGCUGCUCCAGGUGCCGGAACAGCUAGCUCUGCCUCUGAUCUUUACCCUGUGGGCCAUGACUGGCAGGUGGACAGAGCUCCCUGCCCAUCAAUCAUCUGAAAUCACAGUGGCACCAAGUGACCCGUUUUUAGUUUAGAGAAGAAGCGAGCAAGAAGUGACAUGAUAGGAGUUUAUAAAAUUAUGCAUGGCAGAGAGAAAGAGGAUGGAGCAGGAUUUCCCCCCCCCUCCCUCUUUCAUAAUACUAGAACUUCACUUUCAGUGAAGCUGAAUGUUGGAAGAUUCAUUGCAGACAUCAGGAGGUCCUUCUUCACACAGUUAAACUAUGGAACUCAUUUCUGCAGGAGGCUGUGAUGGCCCCGAACUUGGAUGGCUUUGAGCCACAGUUGGAGGCAGUAAUAUGAACCCCGCUUCAGAUUCCUCAGUCUUGGCAAGUGGGGCUGGUGUCCAAUCAGGGCAGGGCCUUUUCUGUCGUGGCACCAGCCCUAUGCAUUGCCUCACCAAGCGAGGUCUGUUGGGCCCCAUCGCUUUGCUGUUUCAGGGUGUGGGUGAAGACCUUGUUUUUAAAAAUGGCACCUGGUUAAUGGUGCAUUUAUUUGCCGGCUCAUUUCUGUGUUGUUCUUGUGCUGCUGGAAUUUGUCAAAUGGAUAGCGUUUGCUUAUUCAUUUGAAUGUAUCUGUGGGGUUUUUAGGGCAUUAAUGUGAUUUCAUUCUGUUUUUUGUUGUUCCUUGGCUGCCUUAUAGUGUCUUUGGAGAAAUAGGUAGGAUAGAAUUUCUUUUUUUCUUUUUGGUCUUUCUUUAAAGAAAGAAAAUCUGGGCAGCAGCCAGGCAACUUUUUGGUUCUUGGUGGGAAAAAAAGCCAUCAUGACAUUCAUCUAAAAGCUUAAAGAGACAUUACAUGGGUGAUGAUCUGCCAGUGGUUUCUUGAUAAAAAGCAGCUGUGGAGAGCUGUAAUUAGGAGCAGAAGAUGGGUGUGGAAAAAGGGAUUCUUAACCAUUUGUGGGAGCGGCAGUUUUGAGUUGAAUAACUACUGGAUGGGAAACGGGUAACAAAUACUUUUUCAAUUGCACCAGCUCCUUGUCUGUUCCUAGAAAACAGCUUCCCUAACUUUCCCAAGAAACCUCUGCCUACUAACCUCUACUGUCCCCUGCUGCUAAACUCAGUAGCCUCUCCAUCGCAAAGUCUGGGCUUUAGCCUAGGUGAUGAGUGCCCCCAAAUGGGAGAAAACUAUGCCUCCGUCCUUGGCAGACCUGCAUUUUCCUACCAUUGCAGAUGCAAGACAUAGCUUGCCCUCCAAUAAGUUGCUUUAUGCUUGCUUACCUCAUCAAGUGUUUUUUCUCUCUGUAGCAAGGCUACAUAGUCAGGAAGGUCGUAAGCUGUAGUAGUCCUACAGCACCUGUAGGGCCACGUAUUCCCCCCAUAUAAUAAUAAUAAUAAAGUAAUAUCAGUUUCAUAAGACGACCCGGAUGGUCGCCAGAUUCUGUGUACAGAUCUGUAGGAGCAGACUAUCCCCGGACUCAAACUGGUUCGUUAAGAAAAUUCCCAAACUCGGUUCCAUGGGUGACUCUGGGUCAUCUUUCUGCAGGAGCUUAUCUUAAAGUUUUAAAUGUCUAUAUGCUUAUCGCAUUUAUAAAUUUAUUGUUGUACAUUGUUUUAAAUGUUUGUUUUCCUUCUGGGAUUGUACCCCCAAGUGUGUUUUAUAAGCUGGUUUCCGACCAUAAUAAAUUAUCUGUCUAUCUAUCUAUCUAUCUAUCUAUCUAUCUAUCUAUCUAUCAUUUAUUUAUCUAUCAUCAGUUUAAGGAUGUGUUUGCAUUAGAUUUCCCCUCACAAACACCUCAGGAUAUGCAUUGGGACAUCUCCCCCAACCUGUUGCCUCCCAGAUGUUUUGGACUACAACAUUCAUCAUUCCAGGUUGGGGUGGGGUGUCUCCCUUUGGACACCAGAAGCCUGUAUCUGAAAUGUGUUGAUGGUUCUCUCCUCAAUGGUGCGCCAGACAGCAUCAGGGGCUCCCAUGCCCACGAGUUCCCAGACUUUUAAAAACAAGACAAACAAACCACUUUAAAAGAAAUUUGGGGUCUCAGCAAGCUACUUUAAAAAAACCCCUUCAUUCAGAUAUCAAAGCACCUGCAUACGUCAUAUUUUAAGUAACAGUGAUGUAGUUUUGAUUUAUUGUUGUGGUUUGAAUUUCCAGUUCACCCCAUCACGUUUUAUAUUGAUAUGCUGCCUGGAAUUGAGUUUUAAUGAAGAGCAGGUUAUGAAUUAGUUAAAUAAAGUUUUGGUGGUGUUUGUUUGUUUGUUUGUUUGUUUUUUGAGCAAAGUUCAGUGAAGCCAGAUGUAAAAAAAAAAAUUGUUGGCUUUUGUUUUGGGGUCCAGCUCAGCAUUUAUCCUGCUUUUGGAUUUAAGGGGAGGCAAGUGAAGGAAAAACCCAUUUAGCUACAAAAAUGUUGGGCCCUAGACCAGGGCUUUGUUAGCCAGUUGGAUAUUCCACCCUUGGUCAAAAUGUCAUCAAUCUCCAUUGUUAGGGGGGGGAAAUUAAUCAAGUGCAGAACCAAAUGCAGAUAUUCUCAUCUGUUCCCCAUCCUUUCCAUGGGCCACCUAACUGGCGCUCAUAGACCUACCAGCAUAUGAGAACUUCAGAGUGGAGCUUGUGGACCACCUCUGACUUAGAGGCUGAUAGAUGUUGUUGGAUUACCAUUCUCAUAAUUUCUAGUCGCUGGCCAUGCUGACUGGAGCUGAUGGAUGUUGGCAUCCAACAAAAUCUGGAAAGCACAACAUUGGCUACCUGUGUUCUAGCUUCAAAGAACUAGCUACCCAUAUAUGUGUGUGUGUGUGGAUGGAGAAAAUUACAUUAUUCGAGCAGCCGAAAUGAGAGCAAGGGCUGUAGCUCAGUGACAGUGCACCUGUUUUGCGUGUAGUGGGUCCCACAUUGAUCCCUCAACAUCAUUUCUGGGUUGCAGAGAUGGGAAGAAGAUUACGUCAGACCAAGAGUCUAUAGCUGAGGAAUCUAUUUCUAGCUGUGGCCAGACAGGUGGCUCCAGGAAGCCAACAAUUGGGGUAUGAAGGCACCAGAUGCUGCGGACAGAGCUAAUUUGCUUCCAGACCCCAUUUGACCAUCAUGGCUAAUAGCCACUGAUGGACAUAUCCUCUAUGAAGCCACUGGUUGAUCCUUAUGAGAAGAGGAGCUGGAGUAGAUGGUUCUAGGCUGGUUCUUCUUGAUGAUGGGUUCUGCUGGUUUAUCAAAGACUGUUCCAAGGAACCCUGGAGUACCUUAGUGUCAGGGACUCAGGGACGGAGGAGGGAACCCUGGGUCCUGGGGCUGUUGACCCAUUCUGGUUAGCUUCCAUCCACUGUGGGGCUUCAGGGCUCUUCUUGAGUGCUGAAGAGUGUUCUAGCUCCCCUGUUGGGGAACAUCAGCUGCUGGGAAUCAGAAGUGUGGAGAGCGCUGGUGCAUUCAGCUCCCACUUGCAGGCUUCCCGUAGGCAUGGCCAUCUGUCAUGGAUGCUUUAGUUGGGAUUCCUGCAUUGCAGGGGUUGGAAUAGAUGACCCCUGGGGCUCCCUUCCAACUCUACAAUUCUAUGAUUCUGUGAACCCAAUGGCCGCUGCCACAUCUUGCAUUGGUGGUGAAGGUGACCCGUGACGCAGUUUCCACUGAAGCCCAGGUUGCUGAGAAAAUGUGUCCCUUCUUGAAAGGGGAAAUAAGCUUUUAAGUGAAAUCUGAAUGUCCCAGCAUGGGGAGCCCUGGCUCUGCUCCCAGCAAAGAGCUGUGGUAGGUCUGGGAGCACAGAUGAAAAGAGCUCUGUAUCACAAGCGGCAGGCUAGAAACCCUCCCCUCGAGGAAGCAUCCCAGCUUGCCCCUUCGCAAGGGUGCACCCUUCAAGUAAUUUGCAGGUGUAAAUGGCCAGUCGUUGCAGGAGACCAGAGAAAGCUGUCCUUCCUCAGGGGGAAAUGAUGGAAACACAGCUGCGUUUCUGGUUCCUCAUCUAUGUCUUAUCUGCUCCGGAUCGGGGUUAAUGUGCACAGAGUCCCAGCAACGCCGCUUGGCAAAGACAGGGCAGAUCCCAUGCCAAUUGGCACUUGCCUUGCAAACCGCGUCUGUUUAAAGGGAACAAAGGAUUUGUAGCCCUAAUCUUGGCUCUGCGUUGAAGCGUCUUCGCUUGUGUCUCUGCAGUUUUCCACUACCAGAUGAAAAUGCAUGUCUUCAGCUACAAAAACAUGGGAGAAACAGAGCCUACUUUCUCUGUUACGCUACACGGCACCAGUGGGGACUCCCAGCCCCUGCCUCUGGAAGUGUAAGUGGAGAAUUACAAACAUCAACCCUGCACCCUCUUUCAAGUCUCUCUCUCUCUGUGUGUGUGCAAUUCCUGAACCUGUGACUGAGUAGGCUGGUUGCUCCAGACUGGAGUGGGGGAGUACUUCUCCCUCUGUGCAUAAAUAGCCCCUGAGGACCUCUUCAAAGGGGGAAGUCCCUGCAAGAAGAAAGUUCCUGCAAGAAGAAAGCUAAUAGCACAGGGAGUUGGUUGGGCUAGUUUUCUUCUUGCAGUUAAUUUUAAAAAAAAAUGAAAGAGAAAAAUCCAGGCAGUGGUUUAUUACACACACCUGCAGCCUAGUUCAUUUCAUUCUGUCACCAUCGCGCUGCCCGGUCUCAUUUUGCUGUGCUUAUAGGCCAAAUAUCAGGGAAUCGCAUUUGUGUGCAGGUAGAUUAAAGCUGACAAAAUGGACUACCAGAUUUCAAACAUUUCAUCUUGAGGGAACUUUCUUCGUGUCAUGUUCUUUCGAUGAACCGGUGCAUGCGUGUAAUUGAAUUAAUAUGCAUCACAGACAGUUCUUUGGUAUACCAUCGGUCACGCACUCUGUUUACACGGGAUAUUGUCACCAAGCACUAACUGAGUGCACACCUCACGCUCUUUUAUCUGAAUGCUAGUGGGGGAACGAGGCAGGACUGCAACAAAAUGUUGCAGUGUGAAGUGCUCCCUUUCAGGGUGCCAGGCAUCCAUGUCCUUGCCCCAGAUAUUCCAUUCCAUUCCCCCCCCCACUUUUCACAGCCUAGGACCCUUGUACCUACAGGACCGCCUCUCCCUGUAUGCCCCACGGAGGACCUUAAGGUCCAUAAAUAGCCCCGGGCCCUAAGAAAGUUAGAUUAGCCUCAACCAGAGCCAGGGCCUUCUCAACACUGGCUCCAGCCUGGCGGAACGCUCUGUCUCAUGAGACCAGGGCCCUGCAGGAUCGGAUUUCUUUCCGCAGGGCCUGUAAGACAGAGUUGUUCUGCCUGGCCUUUGGCUUUAGGAUCAAUUUGACUCCCUCCCCCUCUUUCUUUCUUUUUUCCCCUUUCUCCUCCUGUGAUAAGGCUGCAUUUUAAUGUUUUAAUGUUGUGUUUUAAUCUUGUUUUUAAAGUGGUAUUUCAAUCAACUUGUUUUUAUUAUUGGUUGUUAGCCGCCCUGAGCCCGGCCUUGGCUGGGAAGGGUGGAGUAUAAAUAAAAUUUAUUAUUAUUUUCUGUCCUUUCCUCUUCCGAUGGUGAGCCAACAUUUCAUGGCCACUGGGCACACUUAGUCUUCAUUUGUAUGUUUUGCUUCCCACCCCCCUCUACCCUCUUGUAGGAUUUGCCACUGACAUAUUUGAUGGGAAGUGGUGGAUAGGUUCCCUUUCAUCCAAGCUCCAUGAAAGACAAGCUAUAAUAAGUAAUUACAACCCUUAAUAAGUUUGAUUCCCUGGAGCACCACUUAGAAAAUUGCUGGACAGAAUGAACCACAAGACAGGUUUUUGAGAACCAUAAGAUUAUAAAAAGAGCCUGCAGGAUCAGGCCAAUAUCCCAUCUAGUCCAGCAUCCUGCUCUCACAGUGGUUGAACAGUUGCCUCUGGGAAAGCCAGCAAGCAGGAUUCAAGCACGGGAGCUCUCUCCCCUUCCUGUUAGCACAACGGAGAAAGAAACCACAAUCGCUAGCUUAGCGUUAAGUCAACUAGAGGUGUUUCACUGAAACCAUAACAAGCAAAUAUGAGUUGCUCCCUGCCUCUGCACUUCCUUAACAAAACGUUGUGUUCCUCUUAUUCUCAGGUUUGAGCAGAUUGGCCUGAACUAUACAAACACCUUCCUUGUCUAUACUGAAGAAGAUGUUGGCGAUGUCUUGAAGAUCAAGCUCACCUGGCAAGGAUCCACUCAGUCCUGGUACAGCUUGUGGAGAGAGCUGAAGAUGUACUGGACUCGGCCUGAGAAUUCGUCCAAGGAGCUCCAGAUCAGGCGGAUCCGUGUGAAAUCUGGCGAAACUCAGCAAAAGUAAGCCCAGGGCACUAGCAAUUGAAUGAUUGCAAACUUUGAUUCAGACAAGACAACAGGAUAUGUUUUUGGGCUUGAUAGAAACUCCAAAAUCAUCAUCGUGCAGACGUCUCUUUAAGUGUGUGUAUUAACUUUUGAGUCACAUAGCUCAGUUUGCAUGUCACAGUAAACCGUGGUUAAUGGAUUACCACACAUGCAACAGUAUGGGCUGUUUUGCUCCUUCCCGUUAUCACACAUGAGAAAGCAACCACAAUCCCCAUGUCAGCUGGGGGACGGGGUUUGUUUCAUGCAAACCAUAGUCUGUUAGCUGAGACCAGACCUCUGCUACAGAUUGUGUUUUGCAGGGAGAAAAACAAACACAAUUCCUUAUUUGGACAAAAAACUAAGUCUGGGAUCCUUGUUUCCCCCGUGAUAGUGGGAGGAGCAAAAAACAACAACACAAAUUGAAGCAUCCAUGGUCAACUGUUAGCUAUGGUUUAUCAUAAUGAGGCCAUCAUGGUAAACCAAGCAAGAAGACUGCAGGCCUUUGAUCUCCAAUAGCCUGUGGGUUGAACCACAGAGUGUAGGGCUUGCCGAUCAGAAGGUCGGUGGUUCGAAUCCCCGCGACGGGGUGAGCUCCCGUUGCUCGGUCCCUGCUCCUGCCAACCUAGCAGUUCGUAAGCACGUCAAAGUGCAAGUAGAUAAAUAGGUACCGCUCCGGCAGGAAGGUAAAUGGCGUUUCUGUGCACUGCUCUGGUUCACCAGAAGCGGCUUAGUCAUGCUGGCCACAUGACCCGGAAGCUGUACGCCGGUUCCCUCAGUCAGUAAAGCGAGAUGAACGCCGCAACCCCAGAGUCGGCCACGACUGGACCUAAUGGUCAGGGGUCCCUUUACCUUUACCUUUAUACAGCCGAAGGUUUGUAUCCAUAUCCACUCUGCAAAUAUAGGUACUGUCUUCAUAAAUCGAACCAAGCUCCAGUGUUCUGUUCCCCAAAUGGUCAGCUAAAUACUAUAGUCUUGGGAUUGUAGGAGUUACAUAUUUUCCUUUUUUGUUUCAGGCUCACGUUUUGCGCAGAAGACCCCCAGAAGACCAACAUAUCUCCUGGUGAAGAACUCUGGUUCAUAAAAUGUCGAGAUGGGUGGCUAAAGAGGAACCAAACAAGGUAAGCCUUGACAGGACCCCAAAGAUGAAUGUGCUGUUGGGUAAUGGCUAUGGUUCAGUGGCAGAGCAAGUGCUCUGAGUGCAGAAGAUCCCAGAUUCAGUCCCCAGCAUCUUUGGGUAAGGCUGGGAGAGACCUAGCUUGAAACCCUGCGCCCCAGAAAAUACUGAACCAGAUAACCCAUUGAUUUUACCUGGUGUAAGACAGUUUCCUAUGCUCUUCUCUGCAGUACAGGAAGCCAGCCAUUUGCAUUUAACUUGUGCGCAUUCAGCUUCACACACGCGACAAACAACUUUUUAAAAAUUAAAAAGGGACUGGGAUUCUGGGGGAAAUGACUUUGGCAAUCCCACCUGCCACUGAACCCAUUGGAUUUUGACUAUACGCAAUUUUUGCUUCAGGCUCAGUCCCUAGAACAUAACCGGUGCAUACAUUGUAUUGCAAAGUGUAACUUGCUGGUUUCAUCUCAAGGCUCUCUGUUGACCUGGAGUUCAAGUAAACAUGGAAGACUUGGAAGAAACUACCAUGUUUUGCUAAGAUAACCAAGUGGGGCUGCCUUUACUUAUGCCCCUACUGCCUCGGAACAGAAUGCAUAGUCUCUGCUAGAGGUUUUCCUCAGGCUCUGCUCCCUGAAACUUUACUUUCAGGUCGUCCAGAUGUUGUUGGACUACAACUCCCAUCUUCCUUAGCCAUUACCCAUGCUGGCUAGGACUGAUGGAGUUGGAAGUGUAGCAACGUUCAGAGGGUCCUACAAUGGCUACCUCUGCUUCUGCUGGAAAUGCCAUGCAUUGAGCUGAGGAACAUCUGCAUGUGUGCUCUGAGUAUCAGUUCCUCCCCACAAUGCAUGAAGAUACUGGAUGAUAUAGCUCAUUUUUGACAGUAUAAAAGUAGUUGUACUCUAGAGCAUCUUGACUGCUGUGGGCAAUAUUCAGCUAAAUUAUUUGGCAAGCAGAAUGACUUUCGCUCAUCUCCUUUCCUCGCACCAUUGGCAAAUCUGCUCCAGAGGGUUGAGGUAUAUUGCACAACAGAUAUAGGAGGUGCACAGGGGUCAAGGAGGGUGGGGGACUUCCUUUGCACAGUCAGAACUUAUUUUGGUGUGUGGGCACAGAGGGGAUAUCAUGCAGCAAGUGAUGCAACUCUGAAUUUCCCUUGUCAAGUGAGUUUUAAUGUCUGCUUUAGAACGUCUCUUAACUGUCCCGUGGGAUUUGAGUCAAGUCUUGCCAAUGGAAUGCUUUUAUUGUAAGGCAAGUUUAACUUUUGUGUGGCUUAUGGAAAGCUCCGUCUUGUGGUUUUCCAGUCCUCAGCAAGUCUGCUGCCAAUUAGGUCAAACCACACAUUCCAUAAGUUUCCACGAAUGUCAGAUUUGGCCCCGUGAAGACUUCUCGCCAUUUUGCAAUGUUGUCGGACUAUAUGAAAUUUCAUUCAAGCCAUUUAAAUCUUCUCCUCCCCGCUCCCUUCUCCACCUUUAGAUCAGUAUGAAGCAUGCACUGAAAUGUCCUCCUUGGAUGACGUUCUUCAUUCAUCCAGGACCUAACCAGUCAACUCAACUGGAGAAGGCAACUGCAGAAGACAAGCUCUGGGUGAAAAGAUGUUGCUGCAAACUCUUUUUUAAUUUUCUUUCUUGCUAGCACUUGCAACAGUUUGCUGUUUCAAGAUGGAUGUCCUCAUUUCCAAGAACUGUGAUGACAUGGACAUUAUUUCUAGGGAAAUCGGAGCACCACAUAUUUAUGGCUUCAGUGGCUACCCUUAAUAACUCCCUCCAACUCCCAAGAGCCUGUUACUAAACUUAUCCUUCUUUGGGAGAGUCCUUAGGCACCUAAACCACUUUAUCCUGAUAAUUUUUCAUGUGCAAGCUCUGCCUUUGCACCACACUUUUCUAAAGGCUGAUCUUUGCAUUUGGACCAAACAUGUGGCAAAGAGUCUUGGAGACUGUAUUAUUUCAGACUGCAGGAAUUGGGGCUCACAUUUCGUCUCCUUUCCUCAAAUCAAAAUCCGCCUGUUUGUUCAAAACUAUAAGGGCUGGAAGACCUGUUUCUAGCACAUCUGUACCGAGUGGCAAGCUAGUUUUCAACAUGCAGGAGGAUUUAUAUGUGGGGCAGAUAUUCAGACGUAUCUUCCCACUUACACACACAUGCAGUGUGAAAUGGUAAAAUGGCAGGAAUGUUGUGCCUUGUGGCUUUCCUGAAUAUUCAGAUUGGCCCUGCCUAGCGUGUAAGGAAGUUGAAACGUUAAUGUGACAGACACUGUGGGUUGAUUCUCAGCCAUAGUUUUUACUAUUGUGUGGUGUUUUGUUGAGAGGGAAGCACCCAAGCUGAUCUUAAAAAUUUCAUGCAUUGUUGAGGGACUUGAAUUUCUCCAGGUGAUUGUCUACACUACCACAUGGGAAAACAUUGUGCAUACAGGAAGCAAAUACUUAUCACUGUGAUGGUGGCUGUCAUCCCCCCCCCUCCAGCUUGCACAAUUAGAGGAGUUUGAAAGUAUGAGCCAGCUUCUUGAGUACCUGAACCACCGAGUGAAUAGUGCUUAGGUAUCUACAUUUACCAAGGAAAGAGAGGGGGACGGGAUUACAACUACCUCCGUUCCAUUUGAGUACAAAAAUUCCCCAGAUAACUUCUCUUUAAUCACUUCACCCUGCACUCACACGCUAAAAAAAGAUGUCCCUGAAAUGCAUAUAUAUAUAUAUAUAUAUAUAUAUAUAUAUAUAUAUAUAUGUAUUUCAAAACAAACUAGCAUUCUAAACAAGCUUUGGUUUUGUGAUGCAACAAAUGCAUUACAGCAAAAUGUUGUUGUGUGUACCCCUGUAAGGAUUCCAGCCAUCCCCGCCUUCAGGUUACUCCAUUCCAUAACCCCUCUUUGGUUUUCUAUUCUGUCCUCAAAAGAUGCUCAACAUUCUGUUGUCACUGGGCAUGCUCCAGCCUUAUUGGGUCUUGAAGCCCUGUGCCUCGAUAAUCUCCCUGCCUGUUGUUAAUCUCACUGCUUUGGCCCAUGUAUGGAUCAGUCCUUGGAGAAUGAGCUCGCUGUUACAAAAGAAUAGGCAAUUCUUCAACUUGCGGCCAGCUUCAUGCUUUUUUAGGUCAUGUCCUUUUAAACUCAGCCAUCCCCAAGCUGCAGACUGUUAACAGAACUGCAAGGAUGCUGGGAGAGAUUGAUUCAAUAAUAACCACAGAGGCUACGGCAAAGUACCCACCCAAAGCAUGCACCCAACAAACAAGGUGACUCACUACAUCUCUGUGACUUAGCACAAUGGUUGCCUCCUCCCCAGUCAGCUACACGCAAGCUGGCUGAUCAAUUAGGUAUGAUUGCGAGAUUCAGUCAUGCACAUUUUCAAACACACACAUGUAGGGUUGCCAUAUUUCAAAAAGUAAAAACCAGGACACCUCGAAAGUUGUUGAGCUUUUUUGUCGAUUGACUUGCCCAAGAUCCACGACAAAACGCCGCCUUUCGGAAAUUCCUCCCAGAUGUUAAUUCCGCCUUUGAAAUCCCAAUAAGAUCCGGGAAAAUCUGGACAUAUGGCAGCCCUACGCACACACACACACACACACACACACACACACACACACGUGUAUUUGAAAAUGAGUGAAGUGUACCUCCAGUUGCAAAAAAGUGCCUUGGCCAUAACAAAGUUUGUGAAAUGUUAUGUACAAAUAUGCUACUACAGAAUUACCCAGUUGGAAGCACACUGUUGUGCACUGGAAAGCUAAUGUUGGUUGGUAUAAGAGCCUUCUGGACAAGGGGAACAGCUGCUGUUUUAAAAAAAAUGCUUUUCUCUGAGCACUUUUCAGUUGUUCUCUAGUCCUGCCCCAACCAAAGUCAAGAUGUUUUCUUGGUCACAAAGAACUGAAGCCUUUGGCCACUUAGCUGUGAUACGGGUGCCACAUAUUUAUUCAGUGGCGCUGAAGCCUUGUGCAGUUUACUGUGUAUAUAAUGGGUUUUGUAAAACUUCUACCCCUCCCUAUUUAUUGUUUUUCCAGAUGUGUGUUUUUGUACAUAUGUAUAAAGAGUC